AUGUGGCAUCUUUUGUGCUGCUCUCUACAGGGACUGAGAGCCUCACAUCGCUUAUCGACCACUGAGAAACUUCAGCCGAUGCAUCAGGGGGGUACCCACCAGGGCGAUGGGCAAGUCCCCGUCUCGCCCGACUGGGGCUACCUGCCCCUCCACGUGCUGGAGGGCGCCAAGGCAGCCAUGGCGCUCAACGAGGCCUCCGUCCUGCUCAAAUGCGCCCGCCUGGUCAACCGCCAUUGGUCUGCCUGGGCCACCGGCGCCUUCGACUCGCACAGCUGCGCCGGCCGGGACCUGCGGUGGGCGCUGCCCAAGUUCCGGCGGUCAAUUGAGAGCUUAACAUUGGAGACAGUCCCGGACCGUGUUUUAGAGCCUCUGCCUUCUUUCCCCGCCCUCAAGCACCUCAAAAUGUUCCUGUGCCCCGAACUGACCCACGCAGGGGUCUCCGUGAUCGGCGGACUGACCCACCUGGCCGCCCUGGAGCUCGUCGGCUGUGAUUGCGUAACGGACGGCGCUCUGGCGGCGCUGGCCCCCCUGGGGGCCCUGGAGCGGAUCAAUCUCACGGGAUGCAAGGAAAUAACGGAUGCAUGCAUGAACGCUCUAACCGCGCUCACCGCCCUCACCGACGUCGACCUCACCGCGUGCAAGCGGCUCACCGACGAGUGCGCGCGGCUCAUGCUUGGAAUGCCGCGCCUGAGCCGUGUGUCCCUGUCGCGUUGCCACCUGAUCACGGACGACGGCGCGGUGGCCCUGGGAUCCAUCCCCGUGCUGCGGUCGGUCAACCUGCACGACUGCGAUGGGGUUACCGACGACGGCGCCGUGCGGCUGCUGGCACCCGCCCGCCUCGAGGAGGCCCACCUGCCCAACCGUGCCUCCGACGUGGCUCUAGAUUCCCUCGCUGCCGCCUCGGGGCUCAAUCGACUGGAUCUUGGCCGCUGCCGGUUGGUGACCGAUUCAGGCAUCACGUCCAUUGCGCGGUGGCUCCCAAAUCUGCAGUCGCUGGACCUGGCGCUGUGCACGCGGAUGUCGGACGACGGCGCCGCCACCCUGGGCGGGAUCACAGCUCUGAGGGAGCUGUGCCUUUGGGGCUGCAUCGGUGUGUCGGGGGAGGGCGUGAUCGCGCUCUCGGGGUUGACAUCCCUGGAGGACCUCACCCUUGGCUGCUGCCAGAGGGUUUCGGAUUCAGGCGUGGCUGCCCUAUCCGCGCUCAUGGGCCUCACGCGACUGUGCUUGGACAGCUGCAGCAGGGUGACUGACGAGGGCACCGGGUGCCUGGCCGGCCUGACCCGCCUCAGAUCGUUGCGCCUUGGCGGGUGCAGCCAGAUCACGGACGCCACUGUGUGUAGGCUGGAGGGCCUCAGGGAACUAACGGACGUCGACCUGUCCAAGUGCUCGAGAAUAACGGACAGCGGGUUGGCGGCGGUGGCCCGGCAAACGCGGCUGGCGACGGUGUACCUGUCGGGCUGCGUGAAGGUGACUGAUGGGGGCGUCCGGCUGCUGGAGCCGCUGCGUUUUUUGAGGCGGGUGGACUUGGGGGGGUGCCCGCUGGUCACCAAGGCGGCCAAGGCGGCGCUGGAGCAAGAAGGGCGUGUUACAAAGACGGUCGUCACCCAUUGGCACAUUCGCGUCUAG